AUGCCUUCCCCACCCAUGCCUUCCCCACCCAUGCCUUCCCCACCCAUGCCUUCCCCACCCAUGCCUUCCCCACCCAUGCCUUCCCCACCCAUGCCUUCCCCACCCAUGCCUUCCCCACCCAUGCCUUCCCCACCCAUGCCUUCCCCACCCAUGCCUUCCCCACCCAUGCCUUCCCCACCCAUGCCUUCCCCACCCAUGCCUUCCCCACCCAUGCCUUCCCCACCCAUGCCUUCCCCACCCAUGCCUUCCUCACCCAUGCCUUCCCCACCCAUGCCUUCCCCACCCAUGCCUUCCCCACCCAUGCCUUCCCCACCCAUGCCUUCCCCACCCAUGCCUUCCCCACCCAUGCCUUCCCCACCCAUGCCUUCCCCACCCAUGCCUUCCCCACCCAUGCCUUCCCCACCCAUGCCUUCCCCACCCAUGCCUUCCCCACCCAUGCCUUCCCCACCCAUGCCUUCCUCACCCAUGCCUUCCCCACCCAUGCCUUCCCCACCCAUGCCUUCCCCACCCAUGCCUUCCCCACCCAUGCCUUCCCCACCCAUGCCUUCCCCACCCAUGCCUUCCCCACCCAUGCCUUCCCCACCCAUGCCUUCCCCACCCAUGCCUUCCCCACCCAUGCCUUCCCCACCCAUGCCUUCACCACCCAUGCCUUCCCCACCCAUGCCUUCCCCACCCAUGCCUUCCCCACCCAUGCCUUCCCCACCCAUGCCUUCCCCACCCAUGCCUUCCCCACCCAUGCCUUCCCCACCCAUGCCUUCCCCACCCAUCUGCCCUGCCUGCAGGUACCUGAACCACGGUGACGUGGCGGGCACGGAUUGGAUGCCAGCGGAGUGCGACGUGUCCAUCCGCCCGGGGUGGUUCUGGCACCCCUCAGAGCGCCCCAAGCCGCUCGCCCGCCUGCUGGACGUCUACCUGGCCUCCGUGGGGCGCGGCUGCUCGCUGCUGCUCAACGUGCCACCCAACACCACCGGCCUGCUGCAUGGGGAGGACGUGCAGCGUGUGAGGCAGUUUGGCCGCGCGCUUCAAGUGCUGUUCCAGGAGGAGGUCAGCGCAGGUGCUCGUGUGCACGCCAGCAGCGUGUAUGGGUGCGAGGGGGGGCGGAGGCGGAAGGAAGAGGAGGAGAUGGAUUUACGAAGGAAAUGGUUUGGGAUGGGGUUAUGGGGAUGGUGGGGGGGGUGGGGGCGAGAGAGAGGGCGGUGUGAAUACGGGCCUGAGAAUGUGCUGAGUGCUGGGGAUGCGACCUUUUGGGCGGCUAAGGAUGGGGUGCUGUCUGCUACUCUUGAGUUCGACCUCGGGCAGGUGAAAACUUUUCAUGUGGUUCGGUUGGAGGAGCCUGUGGCGUACGGGCAGAGAAUAAAGUUGUUUACAGUGGAGGUGCUCCACCCAGACCCUGCUGCUGCAGCAGCCGCUACUCCAGCUGCCCCUGCGGCCCAAGUUGGUGCUGGCAGUGCUGGCGAGUGUGGGCCAGGUGGGUGCGAUGCCGGCGAUAGUGUGCUGCCCUCCAUGUCUGGUCUGCCAGGCCUGGGAGAGCACGCGCUGGGCACACUGCAUGGCCCCCAAGGGGCAGCGCGCAGCAUGCUGGAGGGGACGGGGAGGAUGGGGAGAGCGGACGAGUGGAGAGUGAUAGCGAGUGGCAGCACAGUGGGGCGCAAGAGGCUGUUUCGGUUGGAAGCAGUGAGAGCGCGGCAUGUGAGGCUCGUCAUUCACGACGCCAGGGCUGCCCCGCUGCUCUCCUUCUUUGCACUCUACAGGACUGGCCAUCUCACCACACUAUGA